UGCUGCGGCCCCUUUAAAUCCAAUCUCCCGCGUUCCAACAUAAGCGGAAACAGAAUAGCUUCUUUUCUCCAUUUAAGCGCGCCAACAAAGACUGUUGAAGCAGGUCUGGCGGUUUAUCGUCUUCUGCCAGUCGCUCAGUUUUCGGCCUCUUCGCUGUCCUUCUAUCAAAAUGCCAGAAGAAACGUCCACCGCGUCGUGCUCUGGGAGUGCUGAAGAGAAGCCGUGUUCGUCAACAGCUGCAGCAGAAAACUCAGCUGAUGUCAUGGAGGAGGCAAAGAAACUGAUUGGCACAGGGAAACGGCAUCUAGUGAUGGGGGAUGUAGUUUCUGCUGUUAAUGUCUUCCAGGACGCUUGUGGCAUUCUGGCUGCAAAGUAUGGAGACACUGCAGAUGAAUGUGGCGAGGCCUUCUUCCUUUGUGGGAAGUCCCUACUAGAGCUCGCAAGGAUGGAAAAUUGUGUCCUUGGGAAUGCACUUGAGGGAGUCCCGGAAGAGUCGGAGGAAGAGGAGCAGCCCAAAAACCCGAACAUUGAGAGUGCUGACAACCUUGAUGAGGAAACCAGAGCAGAGCUGCGGAAGCAGGUCUAUGACUCGAUGGCAGAAGAGGCAAAUAUGGAGGCAGUUGGCCUAAAGCUGGAGUCCAAAGACGUGACGAGCAGCAGCCAGGUGGAGGAAGAGGCUGGUUCUGAUGAACACGGCCUGACUGGAUCUGAAGAGCCUUCAGGCUCCAGUGAAAAUGAGGCCAAGAGUUCAGUCCAGCCGGGCUCGGAUGCUUCUGCACAGGAUGUGGGUGAAGAGUCUGAAGGACUAAACGCCAGAGAAGACCAAACCGAACCAGAAAAGCAAAACGAUGCGGUAUCUGUGGAGAUGAAAGAUGAGGAGUCUGAUCCAGAGGCUGAAGAAGACGAGGAUGAUGAUGAUGACGACGAGGACGAAGAGGAUGGAGAGAAAGCUGCUCAGGAUGAUGAGGAAGACGAGGUCGGGAACUUGCAGCUGGCGUGGGAGAUGCUGGAGGUCGCCAAAGUCAUCUUUAAACGAAAGGAGAGCAAAGACGAGCAGCUGAUGGCAGCCCAGGCUUAUCUGAAACUUGGAGAAGUCAGCGCUGAAUCCGGGAACUAUCCUCAGGCCCUAGUGGACUUCCAGGACUGUCUCGCCCUGCAGCUGACGCACUUGCCCCCCCACAGUCGCCUGCUGGCUGAGACCCACUACCAUAUCGCCACGACGUUUUGCUACAUGGGCCACUACAGCCAUGCCAUUCAACACUACAACAGCUCCAUAAAAGUCAUAGAGACCCGUCUGGCCAUGUUGCAGGAGAUCAUUGACGCAGCAGAAGGAGCUGACGGUGCAACAGAAGAGAAGAAGGAGAUGGAAGAGCUCAAUCAGCUUCUACCGGACAUCAGAGAGAGGGUGGUAGAUGCCAAGGAGAGCAUGAGAACAGCCAGCGCUGCCUCGCAGGCCAUUCAGCAGACCCUAGGCAACGCCUCAACUUCAUCAACGCUCCCGUGUGAAAAUGGAGGCCCUUCGUCAUCAUCGGCCUUUGCCGCACCCAGCCAGAUUCCAGUCAAAGCGUGUGACGGCGCCUCGUCUUCCAAAGCCGUAUCUGACAUCUCUCACCUUGUGAGGAAGAAGAGAAAACCAGAAGAGGAGAGCCCAGUAAAGGACACAGAUGCUAAAAAGCUGAAACAGGAAGUCGCUGUUAACGGCGGCGGCGGCGACUCUAGUGCCAGCCACAGCAAAGAAAUCCAGGAGGAAAAAUCUCAGGAGCCUGCUACCCAGUCGGCCUCUGUCGACUCAUCAGCGUGAUGGCCUUCUUCUUCUUCUUCCUGCCUCCUGAAACCAGCACAGCAUGCCUGUCGGAUCCACCGUUCACUUGUCUUGUUUCUGUAAAUAAGUCCCAUUUUCACAGAUCUGUCACAUUUUGUAUACUUAUAGAAAAAAAUUAAAGAAUUUGCAGAUGAA